UAAUCGCUUCACACCCGAUGGGAUGAUUCAAACAGGAAACGUUGCCAAAUAUCAACUUUCUAAAGUGCGCUCGAUCACGUAAUCGCUUGACGUCGGCUUUGCUUGUUUUGAUGUGUGUGACGUCAUCGGUCGAGGUACACUCGCGCAGUCGCGAUAGACGACGACGACGGCCAUAUACUUUCUUUUUGGGAAGAUUACACCUACUGUUAUCGUUUAUUAGUUGUUAUUAUUAUCAUCAUCAUCAUCAUCAUCAUCCAACUCGUCACUCAGAGUCUUUUCCAAGUGUUCGGAGCAAUUGUCCGCGUUGUCGUUGUCAGCUAGCCGGACUCGGUUAGCCUCGCGAGCUCGCUAGCUCGUUCACUGUGUGCUGAGCGUGGCCGUCUUCGGGCGGCGUCCACGGCCUCUAUGUGCACUGUGGAUCCGGUGGUCGGCGCGACGUGGACUUUGUGAACAAACCUGGGGGGCCACGGCGGGUCCGGCAUGGCAGCGGGGGAUACGGAGCGCGAGGACGAGACGCUGCGGACGGCCUUCAAGAAGCUGCGAGUGGACGCCGACAGCGCGAUCGGCGCCGUUCCCGAAUCUCCUCGAGUGGCGCCGCGGGAUGCCGGCGCGUCCAAGUCCAAACACGGCGGGACCAAGGACAACUGGCACGGCUGCGUGAGGAAAACGUCGCGGGGUGCGAGUCGGACGACGCGGCGGCGGCGCUCCAAAUCGCCCAUCCUGCACCCUCCGAGGUUCACCUUCUCUCCGAUGGCGCCCCCCGCGGGAGCCCUCCACCGCCGCACGGACCUCGGCCCCGCGUCGCCCGCCGGCUUCGGGGCCCCGCGAGAUCUGCCGGGUGCCGUCUCCCCGUCUGAUCUUCCCGGCAAGGACGAGGAAGGUUCAGGAAGCGUUCCGGACAGGGACGGCGGCGACUUUGGAGUUUUAUCCGAGCGGCACGGCGGCGGCCCGUGCCGCUGUGCAUCCAAAGAUGGCGCUUGGGGCGGCGCGGCGGCCUAUUCGUUCACGGGACUGCGCGACGUCAUCUCGGAGUGCGAGCGACGCGGCCGAGCUCCGCCCGCCGGCCUCUCGCCGGCCUCCCCUCGCUCGUGCUCGUCGCAGGCGCUGGUCUCCGUGGACGACGUCACCAUGGACGACCUGGCGGGCUACAUGGAGUUCUACCUGUACAUCCCCAAGAAGAUGUCGCACAUGGCCGAGAUGAUGUACACGUGACCGUCGCCGUGACGUUCGUCCUCGCACUUUCUUCCUGCUGUUCCUUCCUCAAUAAAGUUCAGUGU